AUGAUCAAUAAAGAGUCACAUUCUUCAGAUCUUCUGAGCAGAAGCUCUGGCAGAAAGGUAAUGACCAAGAAAAGUGCUGCAGCUGUGGCUGCAUUCUUUCUCCUGGCCAGCAUAGCUGUCAUCAUCGCCAUUGCCGUGGUUCAGAAGCAUAAGAGGACCUACGAUUCUCCUGGGAUGAAGUAUGGCAUAGUCCUCGAUGCCGGUUCGUCGAGGACAACGGUGUAUCUGUACCAGUGGCCGGCAGAGAAAGAAAAUGACACUGGAGUGGUUACUGAGACCAUGAAGUGCCAGGUUAAAGGUCCUGGUAUAUCAAGUUUGAAAGAAAGUGAGCAGCAGGAGAUCGAGUCCUGGAAAAACAUAAAAGCUUGCAUGGCCAACGUGACUAAAGCCAUCCCUAACGACAAACACAACUCAACUCCCAUCUUCCUUGGGGCAACAGCAGGGAUGAGGCUCUUAAAGAUGCAGGAUGAGUCCACGUCAGCUGCCAUCCUGUCGGACAUACAGAACUACAUGCAGUCUUUGCCUUUCGUUUUCCAAAAUGCCUCCAUCAUCUCAGGGCAGGAGGAGGGCCUCUAUGGCUGGAUCACAGUUAAUUACCUCAAGGGAAACCUCAGAGAGAAAAAUCUAUGGAACGCGUUGGUCCGGCCUCAGGGAGUAGAAACGGUGGGGUCCUUGGACUUGGGUGGGGCGUCCACUCAGAUUGCCUUCUCAGUACCGGACAAUCUUCAAGGAGAGGACUUUAUCAAAGUAAAACUUUAUGGCUACGAGUACAAUGUGUACACCCACAGCUUCCUGUGUUAUGGGAAGAAUGAAGCGGAGAAGAGAGUUCUGGCUUCACUUGUGAAGAGCUCCGCUGACUUGGAUCAGGUGCAGCACCCUUGCUACCCAUCUGGCUUCAACAUCACCAUGACUACUCACUCCAUCUUUGACAGCGUGUGCACCCAGAAGCCGGAUAAGGUUGAUCCAAACAGAGACAUUACCUUUUUUGGGAGAAGUGACCCUGCACAGUGUGGAAUUCUCGUCAGAAGCAUCUUUGACCUCUCGUCCUGUCGAGGAGCUGCAAACUGUUCCUUGGAAGGAGUUUACCAACCCCCUGUCACUGGAAAAUUCAUGGGUUAUGCAGGGUUCUACUAUACUGCCUGGGCUUUGAAUUUAAAGGGCUCCAACACCUUGGAGAAGUACAACUCGACCAUGUGGAAAUUCUGCUCCAUGAACUGGACAUCUCUGAAGCAGAACUACAAUAUCACAGAGAAACAUCUGAAGUCAUACUGCUAUUCAGCAAACUAUGUCCACACUAUCCUGUCAGAAGGCUACAAGUUCAACGCUGACAACUGGGAGAGCCUUAAUUUUCAGAGAGAGGUGAGUAACACUAGUAUAGCUUGGAGUCUUGGAUACAUGUUGAACCUGUCCAACAUGAUCCCCGCCGAAGCCAAGCUUUUGCGUCUGCCGAUCGAGAACUCCGUCUUCAUAGGUCUCCUCUUCCUGUUCUCCGCGCUGAUCAUCAUCAGCGUCAUGUACCUCAUCAUCGUCGCAGUGCGUGUCUGUUUCUGA